GCUGGAUCCUUUAACCACCAUGGGAUGCGAUACUCAACUACAGUGCCAAAUUAUCCUGACACACAUGAGGACUUCAUGCCCACUAAUAAGCUUCAGAAUCCUGACCUUUCUUUGAAGGACAUUGUUGAGCAGGAUGUCAAUGACAACCCUAUGAUGAUUUACAUGAAAGAAGUGCCUGAUCUUCCUCGGUGCGGAUUCGGCUCAUUAGCAGUGAGAGUGUUGAAAGAAUAUAAUGUUCCUUUGAGUGCUAGAAACAUAUUGGAAGACCCUGAGCUUAAGAAUGUUGUCAAGUCAUUCAGCAACUGGCCCACGUUUCCACAGAUAUUCAUCAAGGGGGAGUUUGUUAGGAGAUCAGACAUCAUUCUCAACAUGCACCAGACUGGCGAGUUGAAGGAAAUGCUUAAAGAUAUUGCAGCCAACCAGGAGAAUUAAGAAUUUCUAGACUUUUGUGUGGCUCGUCUCAACUUGGAAGAUUAGAGUUUCUGGAGGAUUAAAUGUGAACAUCUGGUAGUUGAGGUUUUGCUUAGGGUCACUCUAGUGUGUAGUUUUAUCCUUUGUUUUAUGAAGUAGGUUGAUUGUAAAUAUUUGCUUGUGAAGUUGGAUGUAUUGAUGGAUU